AUGCUCUCUGCCCUCUUGCACCUCCCCAGGCGUGGACUGGCGCACGAUGGCCUGAGUCUGGACAAGGUCAUGGUAGACUCGGACGGGCACUGCCGGCUGACUAGGAAGUCUGCGAAACAUGCACGGGAGCGGGAAAUCUUCAAGUCGUUGUGCUACCUGAGCCUUGUCAUGGCCGUCGGCGCCCUCCCUACGCCGCAGUGCGACAUGUUCUGCUACAGGCUACUGGCGAUAGAGGCGGUGACUCAGAAGCCGUGUUGAAUGUGAGCCAUGGUAGCGGAGUACAGAGGGUAUCAUCACUCGAAGCCAUCGCUGGCGAAGGAGCUGGCAGACCUGAUGGCGGCGGGUCGCUGCUGAUUCAGCAACACCGUGAUACACGGUCGCAUGGCAGUGUCCUAUGAUGCGCCGCUAUGUGACGCGGUGUUCCGCCUGCUGUCACUCGAUGUGUCGGCACGAUCGACAGUGGUGGAGAUGCGGGAGACUUUGAAGGCAGCGCUGGCACGCGAUAGCCUCGUCGUAGGCGAGAAUGAAAUGAAGUCGAUAUCUGAGCUACACCAGGGGGGCAGUGACGGGCGUGCAGGACAGCGGAACGGAUGGUGA